UUGCCACGACACGCGCUACGCCCACCCAUCCACUCGCACCCCGCGCCGCACCAACACACGCAGAGGUGGUGAACUGGUUGAUCGAUGCUUGCUGCUGCUGCGCGUCGAGGCGGCUCCAUCGGCGGCAACCGCUGAUCGAUCGAUCGAUCCCGCGGGUUUCGUAGCACCCGAGCAGAAUGGGUGCUGGAAAGAAGACUCAGACCGAGAACGAGUUCCGUGAGCUCCCGGAAAAGGAGCUAGGAGGGGUGGUCUUUUGUUGCAAUAACAACACAUUCGAUGAAUGCUUCACUAAACAGUUAUUUGGUUUGCCUCAACGCAAUAUCUUGUAUGUGAAGAAUGUUAAACCUGGCUUGCCUCUCUUUCUGUUCAAUUAUAGUAACAGACAAUUGCAUGGCAUUUUCAAGGCUACAAGCACUGGCCAGCUUAAUAUCGACCGAUUUGCUUGGAUGUCUGAACAGUCUAAUGAUGCAAAGACAAAUGCAAAGACAACACCAUUUCCUGCACAGGUCCGCUUCUCUACCAGGACAGAGUGCCCUCCACUUCCAGAAAGCAAAUACAAAAGUGUAAUCAUAAACAAUUAUCGCAAGGAUAAACCUAGCCACUUCCGUUUUGAGCUAGACCAUCGACAAACAAGAGAUUUGAUUUCUUUGUUUCUACCUGCUCCUGUUCGCGCUAAUCAAAACAAACUUAGUAUUCCAAAACCUCCUGCUACCGCUCAUACUGUUCCAAAUCCAUGGAAUCGACCUCUGCCAUUUCUUACAGCAAAAGCACCUGUUGUUUCUGAUAAAGUGAAGAGUGAAUCCAAUGUGAAGGAUGUGGAUCAGUUCAAUGUUUCAUCACACUCACAUGAUAUUGUUCCUCAUACCUUGCCUGAUGUAGAAGUCGACCUUGCUAGCACAAGUACAACAUCAAGGAGCAACCUUAACAAAGAUGCUUCUGGCUGUGAUGACCUGGUUGCUGGUUUGAUCAAGGAAGAUAAAGAAUCUGUGGAUGAUGACCAGCAUGCUAAAAUGGAUUUACCAGUAAAGCUGCAAGAGCUGUCUUCUUUACAACAGAAGGAAGCCAAUUUCUUGGAGGAUGCUCCUGUUUCUACUUCAGCUCAAAGCAUACGUCAAGAUACACGGUUUGCUGCUACUCUCCCCAAAGAUUCAUUUAAUGCCACAUCUCAAUGUGACACAUCAUUGAAAGAUACAUCCUUUGUGCAAUGCCAUGAAUAUGCUGAGCUGUAUCAAAUUAUCAAUGAUUUAUCCAAGAAGACCGAAGAAAUGGAAAAGAUGAAGGUUGAUUCAGAUCAAGAAAUUUUGUUGUUGAAGAAAUUGGUAAAGGUUAUGGAAAGAAAAGUUGAACAUCUGGAACAGCAGCUUGAGAAAUCGCAUAGCUCUUCAGCACCACUCUUCGGUGUAACAAAUGAUGAUGUAGAAGGGCCAUCAAUACUCCUAACAGGUGGCCAUAAUGGCAUUAACUGGCUGUCAUCCCUUGAUUCAUAUUGCCCUGCAACGGACAUACUAGAAACUCUAAUGCCAAUGAGCUCAGCCCGUGCAUAUGCGGCUGUUGCCACAUUAAAGGACCAUGUCUUCAUUUUUGGUGGUUGGAAUGGCAUUCGCAGUUUGUGGUACAACACAGUGGAGUGCUACAACAGGGGAGCCAAUAAGUGGAUAGGAUUGCCCUGCUUGAAUCAUGAGAAAGGGCAUCUUGCUGGAGCUACCUUGAAUGGUAAAAUAUUUGCUAUUGGUGGGGGUGAUGGGUCUCAGUCUUUUUCAGAAGUAGAGAUGUUUGAUCCAGCAGUGGGGAAAUGGAUAUACAGUUUGUCCAUGCAGCAACCUCGAUGUGCUCCUGCUGCGGCUGAAUUAAAUGGCGUUCUCUAUGUAAUUGGUGGUUAUGAUGGCAACAUGUACUUACAGUCAGCAGAAAGGUAUGAUCCAAGGGAAGGCUUCUGGACCCAACUUCCACGUAUGCGGACAAGAAGAGGAUCCCAUUCAGUAGUUGUCUUGGGGGAUUCACUACAUGCUCUGGGUGGCCUGAAUAGAAAUACCACGUUUUCCAGCGUAGAGAUUUUUGACACCCGUGCCAACUCAUGGAGAAGGGGGAGCCCACUCAGCGUCCCAAGAGCACACGGAUGUGCGGUUACAUUGGACGGCAACGCAUACCUCAUUGGUGGUAUCCAAAGCAGUGAAGAAUACGUUGAAACUGUUGAGGUUUACAAGGAGGGCCAAGGCUGGUCCAUCUCUGGUUCCAAGGCAUUCGGGAAGAGAGCUUUCGCAUGCGCCGUUGCCAUUUGACAGGAUUGCAGAAGUGCAGAUGAACCCCCGGGCCGGUUUUGUACAGCACCAGUCCCCAACCCCGCCUCACAGUAUUACCUUCUCUCAAGCGAAAUAUUGCCGCUCAUUGCUGAGCACUGACGCCUGACGGCCCAUCCAUUCUGUGCAUCCCAGUCAUACGGUUUUUACAUUUUAGAAACAACACCGUAGCGAGUUCUGGUAUGCGUUAACUCUGCCCGUUGUUGUUUCUCACUGAAGAUAGGUGUUGUUGGUUGUCACCUGAUUGUAGCGGAGCAAACUGAACUGUCUACAGGACACUAGUUACUUAGAGAAGUUCGAAUGAACAAACUUUAGCUGGUGAUAGCAGUACAUAUGGGAGGCUUGGAAGCUGGUAUAAUUUUUGAUUUUUUUUUUGAAGCAACUUUUCAGGUUCUGCUUGCUGGGAGCAGGCGGGAAUAAUAGCUGCAACAAUUUCGCCAGUAAUCCAGUGAAUUACUGCUACUGUUGGCGGUGCUGAAUUCUCCUUUGCGCCGUGUACUAGUCAGAGGCAGAUCAGUUCGUGGGGAAUCUGGACUGUGGAACAAUGCAGUGUUCGUGUGUUGGUGUGGAAUGCAGUGCAACGAUGCUAAGCAACGAAUAUGAGCCUAACCUCUCAUAUCCUAACCUGCAGCUGCAGGUCUGCCUAACUGCCUAGUACUAGCACAGGAGCAAAGGUUUUGCUCGAGCUUGAAGGACAAGCUGCGUGUACGAGAUUUCAGAGGCAGGUAGUACACGAAAUUCAGGUGGAGGAUUCUCUCUAACUAUAGGCCCUGUUUCUUUCA